GGCUGAAGCAUGCGCAUUCCUGGCUACGGCCUGACAGGGGAUCAUGGCGGCCGUGGUAGGGUGCAGAGGAGUGCUGCGGCUGCGGCUACUCUCCUCGCUCCUGAAGCCCAGUGUCCACGUUCCCUGGGCCGGGCCAGCGGCUGCGUUUGGCACCACAGUGAGCUCUGGCAAAGUGGCUGUGAAUGGGGUUCACCUGCAUUACCAGCAAACCGGAGAGGGCGAGCACCCGGUCCUGCUGCUGCCAGGGAUGCUGGGAAGUGGAGAGACAGAUUUUGCACCCCAGCUUAAGAGCCUGAGUAAGAAGCUUUUCACGGUGGUUGCCUGGGACCCUCGAGGAUACGGCCAUUCCAGGCCGCCAGAUCGGGACUUUCCACUGGACUUUUUUGAAAGAGAUGCAAAAGAUGCAGUGGACUUGAUGAAGGCGCUGAGGUUUAAGAAGGUCUCCCUGCUGGGGUGGAGCGACGGCGGCAUCACCGCACUCAUCGCCGCUGCCAGGUACCCAUCCUACAUCCAUAAGCUGGUCAUCUGGGGAGCAAACGCCUACGUCACGGAGGAGGAUGAAAGGCUCUAUCAGGGCAUCCGAGAUGUUUCUAAAUGGAGUGAGAAAGCAAGGAAGCCUCUAGAAGCCCUAUAUGGAUAUGACUACUUUGCUAAAACCUGUGAAAAGUGGGUGGAUGGCAUACAGCAGUUUAAACAUCUCCCAGACGGUAACAUCUGUCGGCACCUGCUGCCACUGGUUCAGUGCCCCACGCUAAUUGUGCACGGGGAGAAGGAUCCUCUGGUCCCACGUUUCCAUGCCGACUUCAUACACAAGCAAGUGAAAGGGUCUCGGUUGCACCUGAUGUCAGAAGGCAAACACAACCUCCACCUACGUUUUGCAGAUGAAUUCAAUAAGUUAGCAGAAGACUUCCUGCAAUGAAAAAGCCCCACAAAUGCUUCCAUCCUGGCGCAUCCUGGGUGGGGCUGGAUCGUGCUGCUGUGGGCUACAGUGCCCAUGAGCCCUUUCCUGCACCACACCCUGGGCCACUUGCCUUUCCAGCCUCCUAAAACCUACUCUAUGGUGUGCUCCUGAUCUAACAGGAAUCAUGAUGUACUGCACAGCCUGUAGUUUUCAAGGCUUACAAAGAGCAAUCUGACUUUUUUUUAACAUUGAGAGUUUCAAUCAUUGUCUAAGAAAGUAAAUCCCACUGUAAUUUUUUUCCAAAUAAAUAUGAGAUGUCA